AAGAAUAAAUAAAUAAAAAGGACGGUUCGCAUCGGUCAAGUGUUCUCCAAUUAUUAGCUUGUAGCACUGUACAGAACAGUCUGUAAAUAUAAGUGAAAUUUUUCUUGUUUAUUGAGAUGGCGCUGAUUCAUAAAAUUCUCUUCGUUUGUUUACGUUUUCAGUAGAUAAAUGUUUUGCGUGGAAAUAUUUAUACUUUCGCCAAUAUUCAAUCGAUAAAGCAGAUUUAUUCAUAAUGAAUUCUAUUAAUUGUAAGAAUUUAAUAUUUCUCGUUUUCUUGUUCACUGUAAGUGAAGCAUUUGGUGUCUACAAUUAUUCAAUAUUUACUUUUGAUGAAACUGGAUGCAGCUGUUAUAAAUAUACUUGUGGCUGUUGUGCCCAUUUAGAAGUACCAAAGACUUAUUUGAAUGAUACAGGUUGUGUAAAUCUCACUUAUCUUCCAAAUGAUUAUGGAUUAUCAUUUACUGUCACUAUUGAUAACAAAACCAUUUACAAUGAAACCAUUUCAGUUCACAAUCCACCACCAAUUUGUUUUCGAGCACCACAUCUAAAGAAGUAUACAGACGUUUGCAUUCGAUUUUAUGAUCUACAAGUUUCUAAACAUAAGUUACAUGGCUGCGUAGAACUGGAAGCUCGGCUUCACGAGGUGAUCUUAGCAACAUAUAAAUUGGGUUGUUUUAAUUUAGGGCAUGGUUCUUUUUCACUACCAAAAAAACCAUCCAGGAAAAAGACUAUUUUCGUUCCAAAAAUUUCUAAACUUAUGCUAUAAAGUAUAUAUUUGAGAAUCAAGAAACAACAAUAUACUGUAGAUUUCUCAUAUUAGUUUAUAUAUAUAUUGUUUAAUUAUGUUUAAUGUAAAAUAAUAAUUCAUUGUAAUUGUAAAAGCAAAUAAUGAAGAUAGUCUUGAUUACAUGAAAUUACUCUACAGAUUACAAAAUAUUGAAUAUGAUCAUCAAAAGUUUUUAAAUAUUUUUAUUUGGAAUGAUUAUACUUUUUCUUCACAAGUUAUUUUUGAUUGGAUGACAAUCAUUAUUUUUUAAAAUAUCUAUUGCGUUGUAGGAUUCUAGUCAACUUAAAUGGUUGAAUUAAUAUUAAAAUGAUCUGAUAAUUCAGACUUAAAUAAGUAAAUAAAUAUUGAAUAAAUAAAGCAUCAAUAUAUGAUGUGAUAAUUCAUAAAUUUUAGUAAAAAGUACAGUUUAAAAGAGAAUAUCCAUCCUCUUUUAAUUUACAAGCAGUUAAUUCUGAGAAAACCACUUAAGUUAGAUUUAUAUAGUUUAGUUGUAGUGAAAUUGAAAUGAAUUUUUUUGAGUUUUUAGUACAAAUAAGUUGUAAAAAGUGAAAGGAAUUUAAUAUAAAUGAAGAUGCUUUUAUGAUUGAAAUGACAUUUUAUAUUUCUGAAGUUAAUAAAUUAUAUUGUAUCACUUCAUUAUGUUGAAAUGUGUUAAUAUACUCAAUAUUUUUUUAGAAAAUUGUUUUAUUACAAAAUAUUUUUAUUUGUAACACUUUUAAUCAGUACAGAUUGAUUGUAGUAAUACUGCAAAUAGGAAACUAAUAGUGAUUGUAUUUUUUUAUUUUUAUAUAUUUUUAUAUUAAUUAAUGAUAAAUGAAAACAUUAUACUCAAAUUCA